UUGUUGGCCUUGUGUUUCUCACUGUCAAUUUCAACACACGCACACACACACUAGUCAGCACAUUUCCUCCACGCGCUCGAGUCCUUGUCGAAGUGCGUUGUCCGUCUACUGGCUUAAAGCGAAACGAUUUUCACGUCACACCAUCAGAACAGUUUACUACGCAGCAUUCGGGUGGGAAGUAAUUCCAUCAGGCAUCAGUAGUAUCCUGACCAGCCAGCCAGUUCCACUGUGUAUGCUGACUCGCAUUGGCGGUUGGCAAAAACUGUGGUGUGCCGUGGUUUUUGUUUUGUAAAUAGCUGCCAAGGCGUGUACUCUCUGGUGGACGUGUUAAGUGGGCCAUUUUUGAAGGCGAAGGUAUCCCGGUGGUAGCCUUCCAUUUCCCGGGUGAAAGAGAUCAAAGGGAGGUCUGCUGUUAAGUUGUGGGCAAAAUCUUGGUCCUGCAAUCAGCUGUCGUUGGAUUAUUUUCACUAACAUUUUAACUAACACGCUGGUCGUGAAAGUAGUGCAAACCGAAUGGAGUACCGUACGCUGUGAAAAAAACGGAAUCUCGUGUGUCUGUGUGUGUUUGUGAAAGGGAAUCCAGUGAUAAACAAACGCAUUACCAAGGAAGAGUGGAUGAUAGGUUUGGUGUAUUGAUUUUCCCCAGUGAAAAAUAUGAACCCUCCGAACCAUCCCCAAAGUGCUCCUGCUGCUGCUGCUGCUGUUGGGCGAGUUUAUUUGGCAAACUGUCCCGAACGCCCUACACGGCCGACCAUGGUCUAAGCACCGUAAUCAUCGCACUUUAAAGCUUUAACCCCUUCCCCACGGUGGUGGGUGGCCUCUGACUCGCGAACUCCUACUUUGUUGCCUAUAGUUGUCGCAAAGUUGUCGCACACGACCGGUCUAAAGUUAACAUUCCCGGUCCGGUGUUUCGGGGUGCAGUAGUUCCUUACGCAUCGCCCCUCCCCCGAGCGCUCAAACCCGCAGCCAGCAACACGAUAGUGCCGUGGACCGGGCAUCCUUCUUCCUCCCCAUUUCUACCCUUAACGCAAUGGCGCCCUUUAAGCUCAAGUUCCGCAUGGGCAGUGGGUCGUCGCGUAGUACCUCUCAGGAGCAGGAUGUCGUAGUAGAUAGCCAAUCCAAUCCGGUCGGACCUCUUUUAAACAGUGCGAACGCCAAUGAGUUCGGUAGCAGCACCACCCUUGACUCAGAGCAGAAUAACGAUAGCCUUGUGUCGAUGAGCAACGAUCGGCGCGCCUUAAUACUGACCAGUAACACUACCGACGAACCAAUACUAGGAUAUGACAAUCCUUCGCUCACCAACACGGAGCAUACGAACGUUAUACCACUAAGCCCACCGCCAUCGUACGAGCAUGUGUUAGAAGAGAAUCGACUCGCUGCUCUGGACAAAGAGAACAAUCGAACAUCGUUGCUGAACCUUUCCCCGACUGCGCUCGGUUACGAGAUGAUGUCCAACAGUCAACCGGCCGGGUCGGAGCACCAGCCGCCCUGCACCACGGAGCAAGGUUCGCCGGGCGAAACGAGAAAGCAGGAGUCCAUCGAUUCCUCCCUGUACACCUGCAGCUCCACGACCACUCCUUCGCAGGAAAAUCUGCUAACCUGCACCGGAUCCUGCGAUCCGUUGUAUCAGCUGAGCUGCAACGAGGGUUUGCAGGAUUUAGCAGAAGAAAUGGAAACGAUGGCAAUCGAUGAGACGUGUCUGUCGAACGAAAACCAGGACACGCUCUCGUUGGACGAGGAGUGCAGUUCGUACAGCAACUCGCAACCGAUCUACGAUCAGCACGCUGCCCCGAAGGCGGAAGUCAAGGGUCCGGAGAUACUGUACAAAUCGAGCAAACAGCUCUACAAGGCGGUCGCGAAGGAAUGUGGCAUCACGUGCAAGAUGUCCGACCAGUGCCGCUGCCUGGACUGUCAGAGCCGCUACUUUGACUGUGAAUACGAUCAGAAUGAAAAUGAGAAAACUGAUGGAGGAUUAGGUGCUGGUACGCCAAUGUUCAUCAGCGAGGUCAUGCACGGUACCGCGUGCACUAUUCUGUAAACCUGCGGAUGAAGAAUUACUACUGCUACCAACCGGAUGACCAUUAACCAGUGAAACGUGGUCGAAACACACUCAAGUCAUAUUGCCCAUUUCGAUCCGUAUAAUAGAAUUUGGGAAUCUCUGAGAGGAAUAUUUCAAAUAAAAAGUGGAGCUUUUUUUGCCAACAUAUAAUGGAAUCUUGCAAGCAGAAAGGAGAAUUGAUUGUGAUCGUGGAUUAGGUCGACGUCAUGGUUGGCCACCAAACACUCGGCAGAAAAUCCACAGCUGAUUGGAUAGUCGUGACUGUUUGCACUGAUUCCAUUAUAUGGUUGCAAACUUCCACAGUGGACUUACACUAUUCCACUAGUCUUCAACAUUGCAUGGAGUGAUUCAAACGAUUCUUCACAUGCGACGAACCGCCUACAAGAACCGCCAACUGAACUUCAUCAAAACUUCAUUUGCGUUUGCACAUCUUCCUCCUACCUUCAAGCCCGGAGUAGGCCCCUACCCAAGGAGGAGGAGGGGAGAGGGUGGCACGGUACACUAUCCUACUCUUAGUGUCCAUUUUUUGUCCCACACUGUCUACCACUGGCACUGUACACGGAAGCUAAUCCAAACCCAAAAUAGGAUAGAUAGAUAAGCAUAAACACACAUCGAUGGCCUUCAAAUGACUUGCGUUAAAUGGAUUCUUCCUAGGGCUACUAAGAUUUGUUCACCACGAUUUUUUACAUCGAGCGAAGUGAGGUGGGUUCACAGCAAGCGCUCCAAAGUUGGCCGGCGCACCACCAACUGAAGGCUAACAAUGAUUUUGUUUUGCCUAAAUUAACUCGAAUGGUGAUACUACUAGGGGCCGGGCACACAACAUUGCCUGCCUGCACACACACACACAUUUACUGAUAACUGUAUGUAAUGUUUAGUAUUUCCUAUCGUAGUACCGUAACAGUAGAAAGCAUGUUUAGGUUUUUUUUGUAAAAGGAAAACAGUAUUUCUUCAACAGUAAGAACUUCACAUACCGCUCGUUCGUGCGUUCCAGAAUCUCGUCUUUGAACGUUUUGAAUUGGUACAGAUUUUUUGAAGUGGAAAAUGGAACUUGACUCGAGUUCGACUUAAUUAGCGGAAUCAGCAACAGAAUUUUACCAAGUUUUGAACAGCGCGAGACAGUUACGAGUCCCCACAGACCCUUCAUUCCACGCGUCACUGUAUACUGUCCGGUGCCGGAUGAUGAGACCGAGCCAGCAAGCGUUAAGGGGACUCGAAACACGCCACUGAUAUCUCCCAACCAGAGCAACAACAAAAAAAACCCCAUAAAAUAUAUAAACGUACAUAUAUAUUUUUGUAGCAACAGCAAGAAGACAUUGGUAGGACGGACUUACAACAACAACCAUGGUACUGAAUAUAUAUUUACACAUAGCAAAUUUCGGGGGGGAGGGGGCAUAACUGCAGCGUAACAGUGUAGAAUGGGAGCAGAGGGGGGAAAAAGGGAAUAGCGAGCGGGCAAGGGAUUAAAGCAAAAUUAAUGUCAUCCUCAGCAUAACAAAAUGGCUGAAACAAGUCUAUCGGCUUUAGAGGUUAGAUCAACACAAAAACACAUUCUCCCGCCCCAAAGGUAAGAACAUUUAGUACCAAUUGUUUCGAAAAAUCAUCUUUAAACCCGAAACUAACCCGUGGAAUGGGGAUAUGCUGUUCAUACGAGCGUACACUAUAAACGGUCUAAAACCGCACAACAAGCAACAAGCAAAAACGUGAUGCCUAGAAUACCAAUCAAUACUGACCAUGGUAGCCCCGUUACUACUAAUAAAAGGAAAAGGACAACCGUUCAAUUUUCACGGGUCAAAAAGGGUGAAAAGCGACAGGAUCGGAGGGCGGACAUGUGUGUGCUCCUGAACACUUACGGAAGCAUAUAUUGUCGGCUGUCCGUUUGGGCGGUUUAUCCACCAUUUGUUUUUUGGUGGAAGUUGCUGUUUCUAAUGCCGCGGUUACGAACUUUAAACAAUGAACGCCACAACGAGGGAGGAGCUGCCCACUUUACUACCACUACCAUUAACCCGGAUUGGCGCUAAAACAAAACAACUAAACUAACAACUAAACUACAACAUACAAACGAAUUCGAAACUUAACGACUGUCUUCUUCGUCAACACGCACGCUCGGUGCAAACACUUUACUACUCUGUAUAAAAAAAAUCUGUUUUCUGCUCCACAAACGAAAUAGGUUUUAACAAACAGACGUUUACGUUCGACUAAUUAAUUAAGGCUUAAUUAAGGCUUUCGUGGGGUAGGAUGGGAAUUGAUGUGAGUUUGUUUUGGUUUUAAACAGUGGAAUAAAUUGAUUGCCCUGUUAGAAUAUUGGUGUACAAAACAAGCAAACAAAUGGUUUGUUACGUGAACUUCUCGCAACGACAACUUUUGUUCCAAAGACACAACUAAAGAUUAGAAAAAGUAAAAACAAUGAAACAAUGCACUAAAUAAAUACAGACAAACAAAAUGGAAA